UAUACAAUGGUUUCGCAUCCAAACUCCACACUGAAAUGCAAAUACUCGAAUUGGUCAAAGCAACGAGGCUCGUGUGUAGCCUAUAAAUUCAGAGAGAAUAAUUGUUCAAGUUCUUAAGGUGGUAAGGCUGUAUGUCUUAGUAUAAAGUCUAAUAAAAUUAUUCAAUGAUGAAUUCAUUCUUUGAAUUUUGUUGGACCAUAGAGGAUGGUGUUAUCAUCUAUUAACAAAAGUACAAACGCCAUGAGCUGUAAUGCCGUCUAGUUUCAAUCAACAGUUUACACCAAAGUGCCUAGUCAUCUAAGGACUGAUAUUUUGGAUUGCAGUUUCAUUUUAGUUCGAUUAUAAUUCUAUAAAAGAAAACCACAAAGUAGAACAUAAUACUACAUAUUUAUUGUUUAUGGAUAUGGAAAUUUCAGAUAUCCGAAUUUUCAAAACGGAUUGGAGCAAAUUCUUGAUCAGAAACUUAAAAAUAUUGUGGGUGGGGCUACGUAAUUAUAAACAGCGGUCCCAACCUCACGACGGCUGAACCAAGGAGGCAUGAAACAAAACAAAGGCUAAGAAAUAGAUGCAACUAGAAAACAAAAUGAACAAUUUGGGCCAAAGUUUGUUAUUUGUCAAAAGAGCCCAAUGUCUACGUCAAUUUUCCUAAUCACGCAUCAUCCAAUUCAUACACUAAUGUCGUCUUCUUAGGAAACGCCAGACGAGUUUAGAACAUCUCGUUUUCAUUUGAGUAAUCUCUUAUCCUUUAUACAUGGUUCGGGUGCUUGCAUGGAUUCAGAUAUAGUCAACGGUACGAAAUUACGAAUAUUGUCACUCGAAACUCGCUUGAUUGAUUUGACGAAGAAAGAAACAAUCAACAUAGGAGCUUUUGUGAACAUCAAAGUAUCAUGCACAAUUGUUUAUUACAUAAGUGUCAUAUACUUUUGUUUAUUGAGUAUAUACCUUAUAUGUUUUAAAGUUCUUUUCACGUCGUGUUCCAAUGAAACUUAUUUUCUCGUUUUGGGUUAGCAUUUGUUUAUUCUUAGGAUAAACUAUGUUGUUUAGCACAAUGAAUCCUUUCAUGUAGCAGAUAGACUACGUUGACUGACAAAAGAAAACUCCGUGGUUACAGGGAUUUGAUUCGGAUUCGGUAUCAGAAGUUGAUUCUGGUUUUAUAAUUUCAGUUUCAUAGUUGACUUGAUGGUCCCUAGUCUACAAAAAAAAAGAAGACGAUUAUAAGUAAUGGCAUAACGGGUUUCAGAACUUACUACCAGCACAAUGAAAAACUCAGUCUUGUUCUUUUCCGUCCUUCUUGUUCUCCCUUUUGCUACCUCACUCCACUUUAACAUCUCACGUUUCACACCAGGUGAUCCCAACAUAGCUUACCAAGGAGACGCUACACCAAAUGGCGCCAUCGAACUGAACAAUGCUGGUUAUACUUGUCAUGUUGGUUGGGCUACUUACGCUAAAAAAGUUGCUAUUUGGGAUCCUGAAACAGGGAGGCCUACCGACUUCACAACCAGUUUCACCUUCAAGAUUGAUACACGUAACUCUACAGAGUUUGGCCAUGGGUUUGCUUUCUUUCUUGCCCCUCAAGGCAUCCUUAUCUCUCCUAAUUCAGCUGGUGGUUUCUUAGGUCUCUUUAACGAAACCAACGGCUACUCAUCUCGGUUCCCGCUUGUGCAUGUCGAAUUUGAUACUUUCUUUAAUGAUGAGUGGGAUCCUCUUGACAUUAAAUCUCAUGUUGGGAUCAACAAUAACUCGCUUGCUUCCUCUAACUACACUUCUUGGAACGCAAGCUUGCACAGCCAAGAUACAUGCCAUGCACGGAUCACGUAUGAUUCUGCUUCUAGAAACUUGAGCAUCUCUUGGAGUUAUGAAGAGACAUCUAAUCCCCGGGAGAGUUCAAGCCUUUUCUACAUCAUUGACCUUGCCAAGGUGCUUCCUGCGGAAGUUACCAUUGGCUUUUCGGGGUCUACAGGAGCAAAUACGGAAGCACAUAGGAUUUUGUCUUGGGAGUUCAACUCAACCUUGGAUGUAGUAGAACCUAGAGAGAGAACUCAAAACAUGAAAGGCAUCAUUGUCGGUGUUUCUCUUGCUGGGUUUGUCCUGUUGACCUCUUUGGUUGCUGGUGCGUUUGCAUUGUUUCGGAAGAGGAAGCAAAGAAAGAAGAAAGCGGGGAAGACAGAAGAAAACUUGACAUCGUUACACGAAGAUCUUGAAAGAGGAGCAGGGCCAAGAAGGUUUUCUUAUAAAGAUCUUGCUUCUGCUACAAGCAACUUCUUGUAUGAAAGAAAGUUGGGUGAAGGAGGGUUUGGAGCAGUUUAUAAAGGAUACUUAAAUGACCUGGAUACAAUGGUCGCUGUGAAGAAGUUUUCCGGUGCUUCUAAACAGGGAAAGAAAGAGUUCAUCACGGAGGUUAAGAUCAUCAGCAGCUUGAGACAUCGAAACCUUGUUCAACUCAUUGGUUGGUGUCAUGAGAAACAAGAGCUUCUCCUCGUAUACGAGUUCAUGCCAAAUGGUAGUCUUGACUCACACCUAUUCGGUAAGAAACCUCAUCUCACAUGGGCUGUUAGGUGCAAGAUCUCUCUAGGUGUAGCCUCCGCGUUGCUUUACCUUCACGAGGAGUGGGAGCAAUGCAUUGUCCACAGGGACAUUAAGGCAAGUAAUAUAAUGCUUGACUCAAACUUUAAUGCCAAGCUAGGUGACUUUGGGUUGGCUAGGUUGAUGGAUCACGAGCUAGGUCCCCAGACUACAGGAUUGGCUGGAACUUUUGGUUACAUGGCUCCUGAGUACAUAAGCACCGGAAGGGCUAGCAAAGAAUCUGACGUCUAUAGCUUUGGAAUUGUUCUGGUAGAGAUUGUCACAGGAAAGAAGUCAGUGGAGCCGAGACAAGGAAAAGUUGAGCCUGAGGCAAGUCUUGUAGAGAGGGUAUGGGAUCAGUACGGAAGAGGAGAACUUAUCUCAGCCGUUGAUCACCAAAUUGGUAAAGAUUAUGACAUGAAACAAGCAGAGUGUGUUAUGAUUGUAGGGUUGUGGUGUGCUCACCCUGACAUAAACUCUAGGCCUUCGAUAAAGCAAGCGAUCCAAGUGUUGAAUUUGGAGGCACCAUUGCCUAAUCUGCCACACAAAAUGCCUAUUGCUACAUAUCAUGUGUCAUCAUCAUCAAGCUCAGGUGGAGGAGUAGCAACAACAACGUUUUCUAGCGCUCAACUUGGUCGCUGACUACUCUCAGCCUAAGUAUAUGCAUGCUUUUGUAUCCGUUUGCUCUGUUUCAUCUGUUGUUAUCAUAUAAAUAAACAUGUUUUACUUUGUUCUCUUGCAGCGUGAUUAUUUAUUGUGGACUUAUCUCUCUGUCUUCUGCACUUGCUUGUGUUCUGUCUGUAUAAAAAGUUUCUUCUAGGAGUAUAUGUUCUCUUGUCUCAUUAUGGUUUUGAAUUCAAUUUGUUUCUAUAGUAAGUGAAAAGGAUUAUGGGAAGAUCGAUAAUAUGUUUGUUGAGUCCAAUGUUAGAAGAUCCGUUUUAGGUUAUGCAGUGUUAGUGGAAAAAAAAGAAAGCUUUAACAUAUAUAUAUUUUUUAAACACUAGCUUUCUAUAAUCAUUAUAAAAGACUUAUAGAGUGGUAAAGAAUGCCCUCUAUAAACGGAGAAAUUCAACAAAGAAUUAACUCUGUAAAAAUAAAUUGAAAAAACACAAAGAGUGAAAGAUAGAAAGUAGCAUCAUUAGAUUUCAUACGAUAGCUUCACAAUAAAGAACAAGAAACAAAGGUGUUUAAAAAAAAAAAGAACAAGAAACAAAUACUGCUCCCAAACAAGAGCUCGCGGAACAUGGAAACACAAUACUGUCAUGCUUCCUUCCUGAGCCCAAACACCAGUAGAGAAUCCUGAGAAGACUUACAUUUACGGUCAUAACCUAAGUAAACAUGAACCAAAGCUCCAAACCAUUAGACUAGAGCCGGAGAAACUUAGCCAAGAACUUGCGAUGAUUAGGGACGAUCAACACCAUGACUGAACCAUUGCUACCAAGCCCAAAAUACACUCCUCAUAACCACAAAUUUUCACCAUUGAAAUUAACAAAAAGUACCAUACCGAAAAGAAGCGACGCGAAUAGAUUCGAACCCAAAAAAAACCCGACCCGAAUAAACCCGAUCCAAUAAGAACUGAUUCAUAUCUGACCUAAAAACGUGAAUAUCCAAAAGUCUGAUUUUAUUAUUUUUUCCUAUUUUAUAUAUUUUACUUUAUAUUUUAGUUGAAAUGUCUUUUUAUCAGCAAUCUUCAUUAUUAUUUUUGUAAUAUUUUUAACUAAUAUGGAAUUUUAAAUGUCAAAUUUAGAGUUUAAAAACUUUAAUUUCAAUUAUUAAUAGUUUAUUUAUUGUUAUUUUACAAAAUUGAAGAUAAAU